CCAGAAGAUACCUGAGAUCUUGGCCUAAAUGAAACAGCUGUACCGUACGUCGACACUGUCAUGUAAAACAAAGAAAUGAAUGUUCAGUUUAAAGUGACACUGCCCCAACCAACAGACACACAUCCUGUAGUACAGUGUAUUUUUAACAAUAACUGCAAAAAGCUCAAGAAGUUACUCAGGGGCAAUGACAUUAAUGGACUUUACCCUUCUAGAGAGUGGAAGCAAUGCAUAACUCCGCUGAUUGCUGCCAUUGUAAAACACAACAGAGAUAUCUGUUCUUAUCUUUUGAAACAGGGUGCAGACCCAAAUGUACCUUCUCAAUAUGGCUGGUCACCUUUGCAUUAUGUCUCACUUUCUAAGGCUCCACUUUUUUUUGUGGAGAAACUUCUAGAAGCAAAAGCUGAUUUAAAUGGAUGCCAUGCUUUCACACCAUUGCAUACUGCUGCCACCAAUGACAGAGAAGAUGUUGUAAACGUGCUCCUUUCUGCUGGUGCACCGGUAACACUCUUACCUAUAUCUCCUGAGCAUUCAGUUCACAACAAAAGAAUAUCUGAGAUGAUUAGUAAUAUUGCAUCCAAAGGAAAUGAACUCUGCUCCAAAAUCAGAUAUUUUUUGGAUAUGGAAAUAGCUAUUUCUGAAAAAACACCUGAAGAAGUGUUCAGAAAUUUUAAUAGUCACAUGCUGUUGGAAGAUCCUCAGAACCAUCUAACCAUGAUUGAACUUCUCUUUACUGUUAAUGGGCCAGAUCCAGAAAAAUACUGCCAGGCUUGCAUUAAAUGGCUAAAGGAAACUGAGAAUGUGAAUACUUACAUUGCAGGUGCAGCCAGUCGCUUUCCAAACAUCCCUAAGACACAUGUAAAGCUGGCAGUUGAAAGUUUAAAUGCAGUUUUCUGUACAAUGGAUGAUAUAACAAAUGAGCAUGCAGUAGCUAUAGUUCCACAACUACUUAAACUGCUUGACUCACAAGACAGUGGUGUUUAUGAAUCAGUGCUACAAACACUGUAUGUGAUAACACAGAAAACAAAAGGCACAAAGGACUGGCACUUAGACUUUUUAGAGAACUUAUGCAAAACAGUUGCCCCUUUUGUAAAUGAGCAACACUCCACUAACAUCAGGGUGUAUACAUACGGUAUAUUCGCAAACCUGAUGUCAGUUGAACAAAAGGUUAACAUUUUUGCAUCAGUGGGCAUAACUUCAGUGCCUGAGGACAUACUGACAUCAGCUGAUAUGAAAAUGAAUGAAAAGCUGAAAGAGGUGCUGAGAAAUCUGAAAAGUUACCUGAGUAAACCAAACUCUGAAUGUGAGGGAAAUGCAGCAUCGUCUGUGGCCAAGAAGAAAAAGAAGAAAAAGAAGAAGAAAAAGCAGGAAAGGACAGAAAAGCAAGAAGAUCCAAAUGAUGACGUUUCCACUGCAGCAACUGAACCAACAACAAAACAUCCUGUUGUGGAAUCAACUUCAAAUGUAAAGCCUUUUGAAUACAGCAUCAAUGAAAAAUCAGAAAAACGAAACUGGCUUCCAGUCAGCAAGAGGUGGAAGGACAAACUGGAGAAACUUGUUGGCUCAGAUGACAGUAAAAUAUCCAGAAUCAGAAGCAUUAUUUAUGUGAAUGAUGCAGAAUUCAGAAUAGCGAAGGGAAGCGAUGGCACUGAAGUCUUCUUGGGGCUGAGAGAGGACGGCACAGAAGUUGCCAUCAAGAGAAUGUCUAAAAGCAACUAUGAAGAGCUGAAGAAUGAAGAAGUAAUUCUACGACAUCCAGAACUCGAUCAUCCUUAUAUCGUACGAUAUGUUGAUGCUGCAGAGGACGAGAACUUUGGAUAUCUUUGUCUGCAACUUUGUGAAUACACCUUGGAAGAAUAUAUCAGGAACGAUGACCAUGACCCAGUGAUGUUAAAGAAACUUGUAAAACAAGUUCUAGAAAGUCUAAAGGUGCUUCACUGUCAGAAUCCUAAAAUUCUUCACCGAGAUCUCAAACCCCAGAACGUUCUGAUUGAUGUUACUGGGAGGGCAAGAUUAGCUGAUUUUGGCAUAAGCAGACGCUUACUCAAAGGCCAAACAACUUUACGUACACGCAGUGCAGGAACCAGAUGCUGGAUGGCCCGAGAGACUUUAGCAGAAGAAGAAUCUGUCAUAUCAUACAAGUCAAGCACUGACAUCCAGGUUGCAGGCAUGCUGAUCUAUUAUAUCCUCUCUGGAGGCCACCAUCCAUUUGGCAAAUCCUUUGAAUGUGAGUUCAACAUUCACAAAGGGAACUACAGUUUGGAUCAUGUUCUAGAUGUGGUGGCAAAGGAUCUCAUCGAGUGGAUGAUCAACAAAGAGCCAAAGUACAGACCCAAAGUAGAAGAAUGCUUAAACCAUCCCUUCUUCUGGACUUCUGAAAAGAAAACUGAAUACUUGAGAAAGAUCGGUAACAGGGACGACGUCGCAAACUAUCGAAAGGCUGAACAGGAGCUGAUUGAUUCUCUAGAAAAAUGUGCUGUGGACGGAUUCUUUAAGCAGUGGAAAAAUAAGUUUUCACAAGAGCUGGUUCAGAAAUUGGAAGGUAAAAAGCCCUACACUGAAAACACGCUGGGAUUACUGCGCUUUAUACGCAAUCUCCAUGAGCAUUAUGCCAAGGAAGCAGCCCAAAAUGAUGUUCUGACAUUGUUUCCUGAUCUCUUUGGGAGUAUUUACACAUUUGCAAAAAACCAAGGCUGGAAUUCAGAGACACCAUUAAAGAAAUGUUUCAAAGAGAAGACAGCGAGGACAUUAGCACAGUUUUGAUGAUGCCAUCUAAAAGUGCGGAGGAGUCCCUGGGUGUCCCCGUUCAAGAGUCUCAACCCAGUGAAGUGAAAGUUGUCAGCAGCCAUAAAAAAUAAAAUAUUAACUGCCAGUAGUAGCAGAGAUGUCAUGUAGGUGUGCCUCCUGCUGCUCUGUUAGUUCUUAAGGGAUCACGACAGAAGACACUGAUCUGCUGUGGUGAUCCACAUGUUUGCACAUAGUUGCUGAUUUCAAACAAUCAAACAAUGAGGUGUACUUAAAGAGUGGAACUUGGUAAGAUUGGUAGCAAACAGAGGACUAGGUGUAGAAAAAAUACCAUUAUAUCUUUAUUCAGUUAAUCUUCAUUGUAAUGUUAAAUUAUGUGUGUGCGUGUGGUGUGUGUGUGU